GAAAAUUUGUUCGAGUUUAGACGUGCGUCGUUCUGCUCGAUCGCAUCACCGCCGAAUGGUAGUGUGGUUUUCUUUUGGCGCCUCUUUUCUCGGUGGCUCUUCUUCCGAGCGCUAAGGGCAAGUGCUCCACUGUUCUGUGCGUGCGCAUGUGGGUGUGUGAAGUGUAAGUGAUUGUGGUGUGCGGUGCGUGUCGUUGGUGGCCCGCGCGGCCGGUAGUUUUUGAUUUUCCUUCGAGAGUUUUUAUUUUUCUCCCACCACCACGACCGUUGAAGAAGUGUAACGUGCCCAAGUGAAGCAGAAAGAAAGCAAGAAGGUAAAAGAAGGAAAGAAAGAAAGGGCCCCAACUUGCGGAAGUUGGCAGCGAAAUUGUUCCAUUGUGCGUGCACACGCCGCGCAUAUACACACGUACACACACACGCACACGUGUACACAUACACACAUACACAUAUAGGGUAGUCGCAACCGAAACCAUUGUGUUUUGAUGUGUGUUUGUGUCGGUGGUGGCGCGAGUUUUCCGUUCCGCAUUUUUCCCGCGGCCAGCGAAAAGCCGCAACCGGGCGCGCGCACGCUGGUCGAUACAUAUUUCCGGGGGUUUUCCUCGAGACACGCUCAGCGUUCGCCGUAGUCCGAAGGGAGUCGCCGUCGGAGCCCUGCCAGCUGUCUAUCCUGCCAUCCAGCCAUCCGUCUGAGCACACCGGGGACCGGAAGUGCGUGGGAUACCGUGUCCAGCCGCAACAAUCAGGCAAUCUCAUCCGACGUCCUCGCGGGUCGAUGCGCAACGUCUGAAUGGCGGCUGUUGGUGGCCCUGCCAGGCAAUCACGGGGGGUCUCCAUGAGUGUCUCGAUGUCGCUGGUACAAGGAGGCGCCGCCGGUGCACCGCAAGGAGCCAUCCUGGCCGCGGCCGCACCCUACUUCCAGCCACCGGCCGUCCCGCAGGACGUGCAGCCGGACCGCCCGAUCGGCUAUGGAGCGUUUGGUGUCGUAUGGGCCGUCACCGAUCCGCGCGAUGGACGCCGGGUCGCGCUCAAGAAGCUGCCCAACGUGUUCCAGUCGCUCGUGUCCUCGAAGCGCGUCUUCCGCGAGCUGAAGAUGCUCUGCUUCUUCAAGCAUGAAAACGUACUCUCUGCACUGGACAUUCUACAACCGCCACAUUUGGAUUUCUUCCAGGAAAUCUACGUGAUUACGGAACUGCUUCAGUCGGAUCUGCACAAAAUCAUCGUCUCGCCGCAGCACCUCUCCGCUGACCACAUCAAAGUGUUCCUGUACCAAAUCUUGCGCGGUCUGAAGUACCUCCAUUCGGCGCGCAUCCUUCAUCGGGACAUCAAGCCGGGCAACCUGCUGGUGAACAGUAACUGCGUUCUGAAGAUUUGUGAUUUCGGGCUGGCGCGCGUCGAGGAACCGGACCAGUCGAAGAACAUGACGCAGGAGGUCGUUACCCAGUACUACCGUGCGCCGGAGAUUCUGAUGGGCGCCCGCCACUACUCCGCCGCCGUCGACGUCUGGUCGGUCGGUUGCAUCUUCGGCGAGCUGCUCGGCCGGCGCAUUCUCUUCCAGGCGCAAAGUCCUGUCCAGCAGCUUGAACUGAUCACUGAACUGCUCGGUACGCCGUCGCUGGAGGAUAUGCGACACGCUUGCGAAGGCGCCCGAAGCCACAUGCUCCGAAGGGCACCAAAGCCACAGUCAAUGUCCGCACUGUACACUCUCAGCACCCAUGCCACACACGAAGCCGUACAUCUGCUCUGUCAAAUGCUUGUCUUCGAUCCGGAUAAAAGAAUAUCCGUUAUCGACGCCCUGGCGCAUCCAUAUGUCGACGAGGGUCGGCUGCGUUACCAUUCCUGCAUGUGCAAGUGCUGCUACACCACGUCCGGCGGUAUGCGCCAGUACACGGGCGAGUUCGAACCGUCUGCCACCCAAGCAUUCGAUGACCUGUGGGAGCGCAAGCUAACCUCGGUGCAGCAGGUGAAAGAGGAAAUGCACAAAUUCAUCGCCGAGCAGUUGCAAACGGGCCGCGUGCCGCUCUGUAUAAAUCCCCAAAGCGCCGCAUUCAAGUCGUUCGCCAGCUCAACCGUAGCCCAUUCAUCAGAACUGCCACCGUCACCGCACCAGUGGGAAUGACAUAAUGAAGCGAUGGCCGCAUAAAAUGGGAUGAUGUAGGACACACCAAAAUUAAGAUGAGAGAGAAGACCCCCCUUGCGCACACGAGACCAUACCAAUCGGACACCACUAUUUGGACAAAGCAUGUAGAACAGCAGUUCGGAAAGAAUCUGCCCCACACCGUUAGAACGAGAGCCAUUCGGAUAUCAUCUCCAAAUUAAUUUCGCGCUAGCCUCGUGUACGCUCUUGUGGUGGAGAUAUGGUGAAACAAUUGUAACGGGAAACGAGGAGCAAAAAUUAACGUCCGGCGAAUGCAUCAUCUUCUAUUUUACGUCUGCCAUAGCGCAUCGAAGGGACAGUAUUUUUUUUUUUUUUUUUUUUUGUUAAGCCAUCAAACCAAGACGGAGCAACAAAAGCGACUCUUAUGAUAGAAUAUUCUGCCGCUAACGAAGAAAAUGGAAGCGCCGUGAUCGCUAGAAGAACUACGAACGCCAGGAACGAAUGAGUCUGAAAGACGACGUACGGAGUCGCUUGUUGCAGCUAAUGCUUCCGCAUUGGUUAAUCAUUUCCAUGGUUCAAUUCAUGCAAUCAUCGGCCAACGUUCUUCCCCUUCCAUUUUGGUACACUGCAUCAAACAAUGAAUGCACAAGAACUAUCGUAAACAGCACUAUACUAUACAACCGUAGGUUUGUACAGGACAACAAUCCUUUGUGAUUAUAUCUUGACGAGCAUUCUUGCAGCUGAUAACAGAGUAACAGACACAGACACCAUUUGCGAUAGUUUUCAAACUGCCACUUACAACCGGAAAAGUUGUAAACUCAAUCAUCCCAGUUCUUGAGCGGUAGCAUCUGCCGGAUUAUACUCUCCGUUGAUCGCUUUCUUGUACGGUGUGCUCUUCGAAGUGCCGGCUCCAACCGGUAAACGGACGCAAAAAGUAAUGUAAAUAGUAACCCCCUCUAGAUUUACAUGAUUGAUUUCAGCUAGAAAAAGGCAUGAUUUUCUUUAAUGUAGGUUCUUUUUUUUAUAGUAAAUUGUCUACGUUUUAGCACUAGGGGUUGUUAGGGAUAGGGGAAUGGACAGGAAGUGGACUGGAACACAAAGAACUCUAUUGAACUAUCCUCAUCUUACGAUACUGCUCGUACUACCCUUUAUCAUACAUGAGUAUAACCGCCACUGCAUAACGGAGCAGAUACGAACUAAACUACAUACAGAUUGUGUUCAGUCAUGUCAGAGUGAAGUACUGAUUCGCGUGCCUAUCCGCGGUCGGAUAGCCGUUUAGUCUAAUCGUUCCAUUUAAGAUACUUGAUAUCCCCUUAUAUCGAAAUGGAAGGUCGAACCAUAUUCCUAGUGAAAGGAAACGAAUCGAAGGUUUAGUUAAACGCAAGGAAGAAUCAUAGUUGCAAACACGGAAAGACGAUGCAAAUGCAACGACCAAUCAAAUCUUUCAAUAAGAUCUCAUAAUUAGUUUUUUUUAAAUAUUAAUCCAUUAUAUACUAGAUUACUUUUCCUUGACCUAAUAAAUCGCGCAGUGGACUAAACGGACUUGGCACUGCCGUUGG